AUGCGUCGCAACCUGCAGCGGCGUUUGCAGCAAGACGCUACUAUUUCUUCCUCGAAUCAGACUCAACAUCCACGAAGACAACAAAAGAGUAUUCUAGAUGACGGAUACGGUCAUGUCAAUCCAGAUUUGGCGGCUACCCUUUGGCAGUGGGAACAGCAACAUCGAGAAAAUGCCAAGCUACCCAAAGUUUCCUUUUCGACGCGUCAGGGAUUACGGCUUGUGGAUGAUAUAGUGACAGAAAUUACCACUUCGCCACGAGGGAAACGACUAUUUCACGACGAUAAUGAUAUUCGAACCGAUCUAGUCCAGGAGGGAAUCAUGGCAUUGAUGGAUGCGCUCAAUGAAUAUCGCAGACAGCAACAAUCCAACUUUGAAAAUUUCGAUGAGGACGAGGAAGAACAAGGAGAAGAAUCCAGCGGCAUCCACAAUAUGCACACGUCUGCGGAUACAGCAGAUCCCAAUGUCCAAUUUGAAGCCUUUGCUCGUCCUUACUUGCAAGAUCGACUGUGGUCAAGCUUGGACAAGACGGCACGGCCGGUCCAAUUGCCAGAAACCGAGUCCAUCGUAUGGCAGUACAUUGAAAAAAUUCGCCCCCAACUGCGUGCCGAAUUGGGAGGUCGAGAUCCGACCGCCAAAGAACUCGCGGAUAGACUGAAUCUGCCACCCAAAACUCUGGAAUCACUCUUGGCGUCGCAACGCGGAGUCCUCAGCAUGGAAUCCACCGUAGAAAUCAAGACACCUGAAUCCCUCGAAGAUCAGACUGCGCACUUUACCGAUUACGAAGCUUGGGAAGCACGAGAAGGGCAUUUGCUAAACAACAACAACAAUGACAAAAACAAGGAAGAAGUCCUCGUGGAAGAAUUCCAAGAUGAAGAGGAAAGUUAUCAAUACGAGGGAGAGGAUGAAAUGUGGAUCCAUCAAACCCAAAUAGCUGCGCCUUUGCGCGAUAUCAUUCCAGAUGGGGGACCAUCGCCAGAUGACGUUGCCUUGAGCGACAUGAUUCGACACGACGUGGGAAAGUUCCUGAGCAAGACACUGAGCCCGGAAGAAGUCAAGGUCGUUCGUAUGGUAUUUGGACUAGAUGCCGCGGGCAAGGCGGAAAGCCCUCUCACUAUAUGGGAGGAGAUUGGAUAUCCCAUGAACAUGCAACCAUUAGAAGUGAAGCAGGUGCUCCGGGGAGCCGUGCGGAAGUUACGAAUGGCAUAUCGAAGCAAUUACGUGGAAUCGUACUUGGACGAAGAGGCUGACCUGUUUGAUGAUGCUGAAAGUGUAUAG